AUGAAGAAUGAAAGCGACAUCAGUGUUGAGUGUGACACCAGAUAUUUCAAAGUGAAAUGGAGGGUUAGCCAGGAGUGGGACUCCUCGCGCCUCUUCCUGGGUACCUGCUUACCUGUGCGACUGUCGGCGCUGCCUGGAGGAGACUGGGAGGCGGAGUUCCAUGCCAGACUGCCCGACUGCUUCAUCAAUCGGGAGAUAACCGGAAAGUGGGUGGUCUACACAACCAAUCUGACCUACAGCCCUUUCGCCAAGCCGAAGACCCCAAUGGUUUGGCAUCCAAGAUGCAGCUUCCUUGUCCGAUUACUACAUUACCCACAUGUCUUUGCUGCGUGUAGACCAAGUGACAUCACCACACCAGUUGACAAUCCAGCCUAUGGGAGUGCGUAUGGCCAGGGGAGACUGCUCUUCUUCAUGCAGCUGAUGAAGGAUGACUUCCGCAGUCCCGCCGACUCGGCCACCUUUCCCCUGGGCUCCCUCAUCCCGCUCUGGGCAGGGGUGCAGCAGCAGGCCCACAUGCCCCUGCUGCUGCUUCUGGAGGAGUGUGUGGCCAGCACCACCCCGGAGCUGCACCCCUCCGGCCAGGUCUACCCCAUCAUCACUAACGGGGGAUGUCUGGUGGACAGCAAGAAAGGAAGCUCCAGGUUCCUGCCCAGACACAGAAGUUCAGAACUGCGUCUCCUUCUACAAAGCUUCAAGUUCGCUCUUGGAGAGGAUGUCUACAUUCACUGCAAGCUUGUGGCCUGGGACCCCCAGAGCUUGGACAGCAGUAAGAAGGCCUGCCACUACAGCAAAGAGCUCCAAGGGUGGCAGCUGCUGGACGAUCCUUCCCAGAAUGCCGUCUGCGGCUGCUGCGACUCAGAGUGCGGGCACAGGAAGAGGCGGGGAGCAGACUCGGGUACUUCCUGUUAUGCGCAGGGUGUGGUGCAGAAGGCCACGCUGGGACCAGUCCGCAUCAUUCAGAGCUGCCAGCGGCCGGAAAACGCAGAAUCCGUCAAACCGCUUGCAGUAGAAUAA